UAAAGAAUCAUAAAUAAUAACUGCGUAUUAAAAAUAGGUAAAUAACGAUUUAUUAAAAAUAUGAAGAACUUGGUCACCAACAGUGUUACCGUUAGACAUAAUAUAGGGUCUAGAUUAAUGUUCCUUUCGGCACUUUCAGCCGAUUUACUUCUAGUAACUGUUGGAGGUCUUAUGGUAUGGGGAUCGUCAGCAAUACCGAUUUUAUCAUCGAAGAAUAAUAACCCAUUGGAUGAACCUAUCACGUCUUUAGAAAUGUCCAUUAUACUAUCAGCUCCAGCAUUUGGGGCGCUAAUAUCUUUAAACUUUAUGGCGUACAUUUCGGAUCUGAUAGGUAGAAGGAAGAGUUUAUUAUUUUUAUCAAUCUCUUUUGUCAUUUGUUUAUGUGGUAUUGCAUUUGCAAAAAAUAUUUAUAUGUAUUAUUUUUUCUUUUUGAUAACGGGCUUUAAUUUUUCUGGUUCAUGCGUUAAUGUUUCUACGUACAACAGUGAAAUUGUAAAUGAUGAAAACAGAGCUUGGCUUGGUUGUAUUCUGGGACUAAGUUUUCCAGUUGGGAAUCUUAUUGGUUUCAUUCUCGGUACAUAUUUGACUAGUAUUACACAAUAUACAUUAGCUGUUGGUUUUCCUGUGUAUAUUCAUAUAUUACUACAAUACGUUAUGGUUGAAUCACCGAUGUAUCUGGUAUGCAAAAACAAGAAAACAGAUGCAAUUAUUGCAUUGGAAAAGCUUAGACAUUACGACAAGCCCAUAGAUAGUGAAAUUGAAUAUAAUUGCAUGGAAAAACUAAAUUUAAAAUCUCUGAAUAAAAAUGGAAAACUUUUUGAUAUAUUUAGCAACCAUCUGGCCAAUAAAGCCUUUAUUAUUAGUCUUAUCUUAAGUUUUACGCAACAAUCCUGCGGCAUGAGUAUUGUAAUGAAUUAUGCAGUUCCAAUAUUUAACGAAGCUGGUUCCUUGUUAUCGGGUAAUUAUAUAAGUCUUUUACUUGGUGUUUUACAGGUAGUGGUUUAUUUUGCAGUGAUGUUAAAUAUUAAUAUGCUAGGAAGGAGACCUUUAUUGCUUUUGUCAUCGGUAAGUUGUGCAAUUUCUACAAGUGUGUUAGCAAUAUAUUUCUACUUAAAACAAUUUAACCCAGCAGCUGCUGCUUCGAUAACUGUGAUUCCAGUUAUUAGUGCAAUGGCAUUUGUUUUUUCAUAUUCUGCUGGUUUAGGACCGAUUACGUUGUCAUAUCUUGGGGAACUAUUUCCUAACGAACUUAGAGCUACAGCUGUAGCUUCUGUAUUAGUUUUAGAUGCUGUAGUAGCUUUAACAUUAAACUUCACUUUCCCGUUGCUGGUUGAGUCAUUCGGAAUAUAUAUGUGCAUGUCGAUAUAUAGCUUGUCAGCCUUUACUGGAUUUAUAUUAAUGACUAAAUUUUUACCGGAAACAAGGGGUAAGAGUUUUCUUAAAAUACAGGAGAGUUUAAAAAAUAUAUGA